AUGAACUCCCAGGAGGAGGACCUUGCCGCGCGUGAGGAGAGGCUCGCCGCAAUGCUUCAUGGAAAGGACGAGGAGGUGGAGAAGCUUGUCGUGCAGCGGACCAAGGAGCUGGAGCAGUGGCACAAGGAGGCACUCGAUGCCCAGGCUCUGCCUCACGCCGACAAGAUGCUUUCGGAGGCCAAGGCCCGGGAGGAGGCCCUGGCCAGGCAUCUGGAGGCUGAGAAGCAGCAGCGGAAGAACAAAGCCGCCAACCACAAGGACUUUGUGGAAGCGGCCACCACCAUCGCGGCCGAGCUCGCGCUCGUCGCGCCAUUGCCCGCCCUUCUGCCGCGUACUACUACUCUGCCCGGCGCUGGCGCUGCUGCCCCUUACUACUGCUGCUGUUGCCAGCUGCGGCUGGUGCCCCUACCCCGCGCCCGCGCCUUGCCUCCCGCGCCGUCCGCCGUGGCCCCCUGCUCGCCCGCCUCCGCUUGGCCCUCCACCCGCCGGCACACAACCCUGCCCGCGGCCGUGGCUGCUGCUGCCCCGCGGCGCACGCUCGCCCCUGCCGCCGUUGGCUGCCUGCUGCACCGCCGCGCGCCGCCUCGUCCGUCCCGCGCCGCAGCUGCUAGCUGCCCUUCUCCGUAUCGUCGUUGCGCGCCUAGCCGCGUGGCCUCACGCCCGCGGCUGCCCCCUCUCGCUCGCCGCUCCUGCCGCCCUGCUGCGCCCGCGCCACCGCCGCCCUAG